AUGGACCACGACGAGCUGGAGCUGGAUCUGGACGAGCGCUUGGCAGCGCAGCAGCCGCUGCUGGGGCCGCACGAGGGCGCGUACAGCGGCGACGGCAAGCGCGCGGGCCGCACGCCCUGGUACCGCCGCCGCCUGGCCGCCGUCGCGGGCGCCGUGCUGCUGCUGGGCGCGCUGGCGUACGCGGUCGUGUCGAGCCAGAUCCAGCGCGUGGCCACCAAGGCCAUCAAGGACACGGUCAUGCACGUGGAGCGCAUGGAUCUGAGCCGCCCCGGCGCCAGCUCGGUGGCUCUCAAUCUGAGUCUGAGUCUGCUGGCGGCGUCCCCAUUCCCGGCCACGGUGGAAGCCGCCACCUUCGCCAUCGCGUACAAGCAGCAGCCGGUGGGGACGUUCGCGGCCCCGAGCAUGGAGAUCCGCCACGGGGUCAACGACCAGAACUUCCCCAAUUCCACGCUGGAAAUUGGCGACAAAAGGGCGUGGGACCAAUUCGCCGGGGACAUGAUGAGGCUGCCGGAGGUGCAGUACGAGAUCAGCAGCACGCUGAGCAUCCACGUGAGGCUGCUGGGCGGUCUCGUGAGGCUCAGCGCCUCGGGUAUCCCGCUCAAGAAGGUGAUGAAGUUCAGGGGCAUGGACGGACUGCGGGACAUGCAGAUCGCCCAGGUGGACAUGGGCCGCUCGACCCAGAAGAAGGUGCUGGCCAGUAUCAAGACGUGCAUCAGGAACCCGUCGGUCACGACGAUCAGACCCGUUGGAGCGCUGUGUCUCAAUGCCCACUACCCGACGGUGGGGGAGGGGACGCUGGUGGCGCACUUAUGGUCGCCAGAGGAUACGAGCUUACCGGUGGCGGACGGAGAAGCGUCUCAUCCGUACUGCGCUUCGUUGCAGGGGGCGGCAGAUAUGAGCAAGGGGUACAAUUUGCUGGAGCUGCAGGGUGAUAUGCUGGGGGAAAACUCGGAAGCAAUCAGUGGACUCAUUACCAAGUACUUGAGCAAUGUAUCGGCGGCACUUACGGUCGUGACUUGUGACCCGCAGGCGACGUCGGUGGCGCUGUACAACCAAGCGAUGCGGAAUCUGACGAUUGACAGCUCACUGCCGCCGCAGAAAGACCCGCUGGUCGGGAACAUGUUUUUCCGCGGGAUUUCACUGCACGCCCCGGAAGAGGGCAAGGCUAACGAGCUCGUACGACUUGACACGGCUGUCUUGGUGGAGGCCACCAGUCCGUUGGGGUCCAAUUCGGCGUUGACGAUCACGGACGUUCACAUGAAUGUCACUCUCAAUGGAGCGGACGUGGCGUUGGGGACACUGUCAACUAGGUCUGUUGACAUUAUCAAUGGAAGACUAGUGGGCCGAAGCAACAUUUCUGUCGAGUGCUUGACGCAGCUCGACUUCGCAGAGAAAGGGAGAGCAUUUGGCAGAUUCGUCCGUGCCUCGGUCGUCAAGGAUAAGGUCCCGCUAACGCUCGCUGGUAGUAUGGAUGUCGUGUGUCAUGGAGCCCUAGGAACAUUGAAGUUAAAUGGACUGCCUCUUCGUACCACCGCGCUGUUGGAUGGAAUGAAUAACUUCCAGGAUGUGACGGUGAAGAACUUUACUCUGCCGGGAACCGGUAGCGCUACUCUGGACGAAGAACCGAUGGAGACACAUAUUGAUAUCCGCAAUCCAUCUUUGUUCACGGUGUCUAUUGGCACACUCACCAUGGACUUAAGCCUGAAUUCGCCACGGGAAAAGUUUGGAGAGCUACAGGGUGCGAUGAACCUGGCCCCAGGAACCUACUCGCUGAAGAUGACUGGGAACUUGAAACCAACCAAGGAUGCUGCUGGCCAAGUGAGCGAUGCUGUGGCGGGAUUUUUCUCGAGGUAUCUCGAGGGCAACAGCUCGCAAGUUGUAGUGAAGAUCACUGGGACGCAGUAUGCCGAUUGCGUGUGGAUGAAAGAGGCGCUGCUGGGGUUGACAAUUGGGACAAGCUUCCCCGGCGUCGCGAAGGGCUUUCACAUGAUUUCGGACAUCAAAAUGAACCAGCUGGAUGUGAUUCUGGACGAAGCUCCUCCCGGUGAGAGAGGCCCGACGACCAAUACGCGAAUGCAAGUCCGCACUGACAUGAAAGCGAAGGUGAAGAUGCCAGCCUCUAUUGCCAUCCCAUUGAAAAUUUCAAACUUGUCUGUUGCUCUGACUCUGGAGAAUGAGAUUGGUCAUCACCUCGGUUCGUUGGUAUCAGCCCGAGAGUCCUGCGAGUUCAACCAGUCGGAGGGCGGAGCAUUCCGCUUGAAUAUGAGCCACUUCUAUCCGAUUGGUUUCCAUGACAAGGAAGACGUUGGUGGGAUGUCAGGCUUUAUCGAGUCCUUGCUUACGAACAAUGGAAGUAUCAUGAUGCGUUUGGCUAGUGAUAGUCGAGCAGGUCAAGGAGCGUUCCCAGAUGUGGAAACUCGGAUGGGAAUGCUAGCUUUGAGCAACAUUCCGGUCGAAGGCGAACCGUUGAUCCCAGCUAUGAAUUCCUUUCGCAACCCGCCCGUAAAAGUUCUCAGCGUCGACAUUGAGCAAGGUUCAAAGAAGUCCAUGGUCAUGACGAUGGAGUUUUCCCUGCAGAACCCGUCGAUUGUACAGACAAAGUUGGGCUCACUCGUCUUGGACGUCUUUUUCGAUGGUGCGCGAAUGGGCUCCGCGAAGAUCUCGGAUUUUAGUCUCAACUGUUGCGGCCAACCAACGAUUCUACGAGGAAGGUUCGAGUACAACCCGCAGGCGAGCGACCGUGCGACUGCAGAGAGAUUUCUGUCCAAUUUCGUCUGUGGGUACUUCACGCAUGGAGCUGCCCAGGAGAUUGCUAUCAAGGGGUCAGAGGAGAGUACUUCGCUGGAUUUACUCCAGCCAGCGAUGGAAGCUCUUUCGAUUCCGUCGAAGUUGUCAACUCUGGCUGAGCUUUUCCCCGCGACACCAACCCUUGUCACUUCGUCGUUGUUGUAUAUUCCGUCGAUUUUCCAUCUGACACGGAUUCCAACGUCUCUCGAGCUGCGUAAUCCAUUCAGCGAGAGUAUUACUGUGACCACGGUGGAUCUCGAGCUGUAUCCUUGCGAAGACCAGGUGGCAGGCGACCAUGGGAAGCUGGAGUGCAAGAAGUACUACGCCGAAUCUCUAGCUAGGUUUUCUCCAGCAGUAUUCCAGCCGAUAUUCAUCCCUGCAAACACUCGCGGCUGCUUCUCUUGCUGCCAAGGCUCUCACUGCGAUGAGCAUGUGUCACUGUGUCCGCGGGCAUCGGUUGGCCAGUGCAUGAGUGCCGACGUGCAGAGCUUCUUGAGCCCGGAGGCUAUUGCGACGAUUAUCCAUUCUUUGACGGGCGGCCUGCUGAUGCGAGUCAAUGGCACCAUUGGCGCAUCCAUCGGGGACUACACCACUCGCCUGUUCUACCAGCAAGACGGGCUCCUCGUGACGAUGGCCAAGUAG